AAUUCCCUGUAUCUGCUUCUAAUUCAUCUUCUUCUAUGUCUUCUAAACGCUCCAUUGCUGAUUUUACACCUGUUCUCUCCGAUGAAGAUGCUCUUCAUCUUAGUAAACGACCUCGCAGCAAUGAAGAAGAGCAAUUUGAAGAAGGCGAAGACCAACUCCCUGUCGAUACUGACUCAGUUGGUCUUCGCCUUCUCGGAUUACUACUCCAGUGCGCUGAGUGUGUCGCUAUGGAGAAUCUCGACGAUGCAGGUAAUUUAUUACCCGAAAUCGCCGAGCUUUCCUCCCCGUUCGGCUCUUCAGCCGAACGAGUCGCUGCUUACUUCGCCGAAGCUCUUUCGGCGAGAAUCAUCAGCUCACACCUCCGUUUUUACUCUCCGCUCAACCUCAAAACCCUAACCCUAACACACUCCCAAAAGCUCUUCACCGCUCUUCAAUCUUAUAAUACGAUAAGUCCUCUCAUCAAAUUCUCUCACUACACCGCAAAUCAAGCUAUAUACCAAGCAUUGGAGAGCGAAGAUCACGUCCACGUCAUCGAUCUCGAUAUCAUGCAAGGACUUCAAUGGCCAGGAUUGUUCCAAAUUCUCUCCUCUCGAUCAAGGAAACUCCGGUCCGUUAAGAUCACCGGCGUCGGAUCCUCUAUGGAGUUGCUGGAAUCCACCGGUCGGAGACUCACGGAGUUCGCUAACUCGUUCGGAUUGCCGUUUGAGUUUAAACCGCUGGAGGGCAAAAUUGGAAAUAUAACGGACCUGAGUCAACUCGGGGUGAAAAUGGGCGAGACUAUAGUAGUCAAUUGGAUGCACCAUUGCCUUUACGAUAUAACCGGGAGUGAUUUAGGGACGUUCAGAUUAUUAACUUUGUUACGACCCAAAUUGAUCACGAUCGUUGAACAGGACCUAAGUCACGGGGGGAAUUUUUUGGGCCGAUUCGUUGAGGCGUUGCAUUAUUAUUCGGCUUUGUUUGAUUCAUUAGGGGACGGAUUGAGUGUGGAGAGUGUAGAAAGGCAUACGGUGGAGCAGCAAUUGUUUGGUUGUGAGAUUAGGAAUAUUGUAGCUGUAGGUGGGCCCAAGAGGACAGGGGAGGUACCAGUAGAGAGGUGGGGUGAUGAGUUGAAACGGAUCGGGUUUUUACCCGUUUCGUUAUCGGGUACUCCAGCUGCUCAAGCUAGUUUGUUGCUAGGAAUGUUUCCAAAAGGGUAUACUUUGGUAGAAGAAAAUGGGUGUCUGAAAAUGGGAUGGAAAGAUUUGUCUUUGUUGACUGCUUCUGCAUGGCAACCGUGUGAUUAAGUUGCUUUUUUGACGUUCAAUUUGAACCGUUGGAUCAUGUGGUAAUGGCAUUGUGCUAUAGAAUUUUGGACAUUCGAAUAAGUGAAUUGCUCUUGUUUACUUUGGUCCUAAUUCUGAGAAGACCAUACUUGUAUUUGUCAUUCUUGAAAAUUAUUCUUUUAAGAAAUAAUUGCAAUAGAUCUGAGAAAUUUUUCCUUCUUUUGGAUA